UAAAUAACACGCGCGAGCGCGGACAGCCGACAUUCCUUCACCCUGUGAGACACCAAAAUGCUGCAUUUCAUCGGUCUUCUACAUCAGAUUCAGCACUUUAAUUCGCGGGUGAAUGUCGUUAUGAUAUAAUGCGCAAUGUUUGGAUGACCUUCUCAUCGGAGGCGCUGGGAAUGUGUCUCCAGUUUUUCCAGUUUGAUUUCAGGCACCUGGAAGCCGCAAACCAUAAAGCAACUCUUCAAUGCAGCCCGACACGGACGAAUGCUUAAGUAUUAUUAUCAUCAUUCAUCAUAAUGGACUGUCUAUCACGCACUGCGUACUGGCCUCUUAUUCGCUUUCUGCUGCCACUAGCCAUUACUAAUAUAGCCAUAGACUUCGGAGAACAGGCUCUGAACAGGGGCAUCGCUUCUGUAAAAGAGGACAAGGUUGAGAUGUUGGCCAGCUAUGGUCUGGCAUACUCGCUUAUGAAGUUCUUCACUGGACCAAUGAGUGACUUCAAAAAUGUGGGACUCGUGUUUGUCAACAGUAAGAGGGAGAGAACCAAGGCGAUCCUCUGCAUGGCUGUGGCGGGGGUCAUCGCCAUCAUUCUCCACAUCCUCAUUGCUUACACAGAUCUGGGCUACUACAUCAUAAAUAAGCUCCACCAUGUGGAUGAUUCAGUUGGAAACAAGACGAGGAAGGCCUUUCUGUACCUCGCAGUAUUUCCAAUAUUAGAUGCAAUGGCGUGGAUUCAUGCUGGCAUCCUCCUGAAGCAUAAGUACAGUCUGCUAGUAGGAUCUGCCUCCAUCUCUGAUGUUGUUACACAGAUAAUAUUUGUGGCGAUCCUUCUCCAGAGUAACCUGGAAUGCUUAGAGCCUCUUCUUAUUCCCAUUCUCUCUCUGUACAUGGGAGCUCUGGUGCGAUUCACUAUCGUAGGACUGGGCUACUAUUGUAGCGUCCACGACAACAUCCCUGAAUCAAACAGUCUCGAUCAGGGGGGCGAUGUCACCAUAAGGAAGAUGCUAAGUUUCUGGUGGCCGCUUGCACUCAUUUUAGCCACUCAGCGCAUCAGCCGACCCAUCGUCAAUCUGUUUGUCUCUCGGGACCUCAAGGGCAGCGCUGCAUCAACUGAAGCGGUCGCAGUCCUCACAGCUACAUAUCCGGUGGGUCACGUGCCCUACGGUUGGUUAACAGAACUACGUGCCGUCUAUCCAGCUUUUGAUAAGAAUAACCCUACCAAUAAGUUUGCCAGUGGUCUGACAGUCACCACAUCACACAUCAAGAGGUUCACUCUCUGCUGUUUUAUUCUCUCCUUAAUGAUGUGUUUCAUUAUAUUCUGGACCCCUCAUGUUUCUGAGCGCAUCCUGGUCGAUGUCAUCGCGGUGGACACGGCCUUCGCUCAGCUCUGCAUCAUUCCACUGAGAGUCUUUUCCUUCUUCCCUCUACCUGUUAUGGUUCGAGCUCAUCUAACAGGCUGGUUAAUGACGUUGAAGAAAACUUUCGUCCUGGCACCUAGUUCAGUUCUGCGCAUCAUUGUGCUCAUUUCCAGUCUUCUGGUGCUGCCGUACAUGGGGGUGCAUGGUGCCACACUGGGAGUGGGGUCUUUAUUAGCAGGAUUUGUGGGAGAAUCCACCAUGGUUGCAGUGGCUGCCUGUUAUGUAUACCGAAAACAGAAGAAAACCCCAGAAGCAGAAACGGUUGUGGAGGAGAAUAACUCUUCCCCGAUGACUGAAAUCACUUCCAGGACACAGUUAGACGUCAUUGAGGAGGCUGAGAAUGUGCUGACGGAAAGAGAAGAUGAGUGAAUCAAAGCAUGGAAAGAAAAAGCAAGGGAAGAAUACUGUAUACAUGUUUUUUCUUUCAUUUGGAGAUGGUGAAGAGGUGGAUCUCUGCAGCAGUGCAGUGUCUUUUGGA